CCACCCGCGCGAGUGGUACGCUACGCCCUUGCUGACUCACCACCACAUCUAGCCAUCUCGGACACCUGUAUCACUGCGGCUUCCUACAUAUCGCCGGUCUCCAGAAUGCCUUGGGGCGAACAAUAUCUUUAUUCUUGACGGCUGACCUGCCAGAUAUGGCUUACCAGAUGUGGCUGUGAGACUCGGAAGACGUGCCGCAUCCCAUCACAUCGCCUCGCACCACCUGCCCACGUCGGUGUCCCGCUACACCACCCACGCCACAAUGGCCUUGUCCAUGCGCGUCAUCUUGAGGCCGCUGGGUCUGCGCCAAGGGCCUCUUCCUCGUCCUCACCAGUCCGGCAUCCAACCAGCCGCACCUGUGGGCACCCGGCAACGUCUCUGCCAGGUUCGUGGCCCGAGCAUCACCACUGCUGCCGCUCCCAAUGCUACACACCUUCACCUGUCGGGCCAGCAUGCAGCCCAGGGCCUGCAUGUCCCGCCCUCGGUCGCCCCAUCGCCCCCACGGCGAGAACCACAACCACAACCUGAGCCUGCUCCCGCCUCCUCCUCCCGACGCUCUGCAAUCAAGGAUGCCAGGCCAUUCUCCGACUUCCUGACAGACACCUUCGACCGCCAGCAUGACUACCUCCGCAUCUCCCUCACGGAAAAAUGCAACCUGCGCUGCGUCUACUGUAUGCCCGAGGAGGGUGUGCCGCUCUCCCCUGCCCGUGAACUCCUGACCACCCCGGAGAUCGUCCUGCUUGCCUCGACCUUUGUCUCUCAGGGUGUCACCAAGAUCCGCCUGACCGGCGGCGAGCCCACCGUGCGCCCUGACAUCCUGCCGCUCAUGCAGCAGCUCGGGGCCCUCCGCCCCCAUGGCCUGCGGGAGCUGUGUAUCACCACCAACGGCAUCGCCCUGCAUCGCAAGCUGGAGGCCAUGGUCGACGCUGGCCUGACCGGCAUCAACCUGAGCCUCGACACCCUUGACCCCUGGCAGUUCCAGGUCAUGACCCGCCGCAAGGGCUUCGCCGCCGUGCAGAAGAGCAUCUCGCGCAUCCAUGAGCUCAACCGCGCCGGCGCCGGCCUGCGCUUCAAGAUCAACUGCGUUGUCAUGCGCGGCGUCAAUGACCGUGAGGUCCUCGACUUUGUCGACAUGACCAGAGACAACAACGUCGAGGUCAGGUUCAUCGAGUACAUGCCCUUUGACGGCAACAAGUGGAGCAAGGCCAAGAUGCUCAGCUACUCCGAGAUGCUCGAUUCCAUCCGCCAGCGCUACCCCUCGCUGUGCAAGGUCCAGGACCACAAGAACGACACAAGUAAAACAUGGCACAUUCCCGGGUUCGCCGGGCGUAUUGGCUUUGUGACGAGCAUGACACAUAACUUCUGCGGUUCAUGCAACCGCCUGCGCAUCACCAACGACGGGAACCUCAAGGUGUGCCUGUUCGGAAAUGCGGAGGUGUCCCUGCGAGACAUAUUGAGGGAGGCGAACAGCGGGGAUCCCAUCGAUGAUGACGCUCUCGCAAGGCUGAAAAAGCUCGCCAUGGACCGACAGCUCCCGGCACUCCCCGCAUCUGAGGAGGCCGGGAAGGCCCUGAUGUUGGCCUCAAAUUCCGAGGAAUUGCUGAACGUAAUCGGCGCGGCGGUUAAAAGGAAGAAGGCCAAGCACGCAGGCAUGGGCGAGCUGGAACACAUGAAGAACAGACCAAUGAUAUUAAUAGAUGGGACGAUUUUGCCCGCCCGCAAUGAGACAUACUUCCAAAGUCCAGCCGUCCGAACCUCGAGAGGCAGUAUACGGCACGUCACGACUCCGUGGGUGCCCUGGUGGUCGUCUCACCAGCCUCUUCCUUUCCAUCUCCUCCCAAACAAGCCUGCCGCCCGCCUCUUUUCCAACUCGAGGGUUCUAUUCGAGCCCCGCGACAACAUCACGCCGUCGAGCCGCGCUUCCCCCGGCAGCAAGUCCCCGUCGACCCGAGGUGGCCGGUCCCAGGCAGAAGAAUGGCCAGAAGCUCCAGCUCCAGCUCCAGCUCCAGCUCCAGCCCCAGCUCCAGCAACACUGACGCACCUCUCCGCCAAGGGCGAGGCGCACAUGGUCUCCAUAGCCCACAAGCAGCCCACGACACGCACGGCGCGCGCCGUCUGCAGCGUGCGCUUCUCAGCACCGCUCGCGCUCCAGCUGAUCCGCGAGAACGGGCACAAGAAGGGCGACGUGCUGGGCGUCGCGCGCGUCGCGGGGAUCAUGGCGGCCAAGCGGACGCCCGACCUCAUCCCGCUGUGCCACCCGAUCAUGCUGUCGCACGUCAGCGUUGAGCUGGAGCCCAGGGCCGGCGGAGCCUCGCCGGCGGAGGCGGAGGGUCCUCACGUGCUGGACGUGUCUGCGACUGUCACGUGCGACGGCAAGACGGGCGUGGAGAUGGAGGCGCUGACGGCCGCCUCGGCCGCGGCGCUUACUGUCUAUGACAUGUGUAAGGCCGUGGAUAAGGGAAUGUGCAUUGAGGGUCUCCGGGUUGUGCUCAAGGAAGGAGGCAAGAGUGGGAGGUGGGUGGAGGGCAUGAAGACCGAGUGACCCUGUGCAAAGUGAUCCCAGGCUUCUGGGAGGGCACCCUGAGGGCAGGCACCUUCAGUCUUGGCCUCAGUCUUGCGCGUGUCAGACUGACGGCUCGUCCAUCGUAUUCAAGAUGCCGCUGCCUUCACUGGGUUUGCAUGCGGUCGCAUUUGGAUGUCCUGCCCAUCGGUUGAACCUCCUCCGAGCCCACCGCGACGAUCUCCAGAGCUGCCUCUCGUGAUAGCCCUGGUCACCGAAAGGCAGGCGACAGCACAAGCCUUGGCGCACCCUCGCUGCUCUAGCCAAGGGGUUCGUAAAUUGAACCUCUGGUGGGAUAGACUGCCUACUGUUACGUACUAAAUCCACCUGCGGGUAGGGAGGGGACUUUAACAAAAAUGGCUCACAUGGGGAACAGCAGCUGGAGAAUGAACACUUAAGGUAUUAUCGGAGAUUAUCACUUCUACGGGCUCCAGUGUUUCUAUGGUAUCAAGGGACCUUCUCGUCGUGUAGUACCCACUGACUUGGUGCACGCAAAGCGGAUAACCUACAGCAGUCGUAAAUAUACCACACCCCUGCCGACUCCAAUAUGCAGGGGAGAACAUCAUCGUCAACAUAGUCUUACGAUUUCGUGAUGCCCACCGAGCUAGUCACUCAUAUUCACAAUGUGCCAGAUUUGGAUCGCCCAAAUCGUGACAUUGUGGCAAGAACCCUGCAAAUCGAGGCAUAUAAUCUAAACUAGAUAGUGCGGCCGCCCGUCUCGCCGAUGACGGUCCUCCGGCCUCCGUCAAGCACUGGAUCUCGCUAAGCUUUUGCUGUUGCUGGAACGUUGCGGGUCCACGAUCUCAUGUGCCCUGUCGCCGGCGUAGUGCAUGUGUAGGUGACCAAGUUGUGGCCCCUACCCCUCCCGCCAGCCCAGGUAUGUCGCCACUGCCGCUUUCGAACCGUGCAAUGUAGAUACGGAGUACUCUCCGCACCCUCGCAUUUACCUCUAAUAAGCGCGGCAAAUAACCAGAUGCUGUGGGGCCGGCCGCAUAAGUUCUGGAACUCACCGACUGCUUCUUUCCUGGGUUUUGGGGCGCAGGUCGUCUGGGGAUCCCAGCAAUCCCGUACUAUUUCUGGGGAUCUGCCGCAUGCCGUGUGGUAACACAUUGCUCCAGGACCCUGAAUAUGCAGACCGACAGAACCACACACGGCUAGGGGUUCUCAGGGUCGUUGGAGGCGCGACACGCGAAGUCACGAUGGCAUCGCUCCGCUGGGUCUUAGAGCUUGUCGCCCAAUGAGGCCCGGCAGGCCCGGCAGGGAGGUGACGAAGCGCGUCCAGUCUCUGGCUAGGCCACUGACUGGGACGAGUAAGUUGAGGCAACUCCAAUUGAGUCAGCAUUGCGCCAAUGCAAACUGCUCACACGUGAUGGACCACUCGUGAACGGUCUGCCAUGGCCUGCCCGGCCACCUGGCCACCCGGCCAGCCAGUGGUGCGGGGGUGAUGCGUAUGUGCCCUGAGUGUGACAAUGCUGGCUCUUUAUUGGAGUAUAGUGUGGUGUAGGUGGUAGCAGUAGGGCGAAGCCUCAGAUCGUGGGGCGCUGUGGGCUCGCUGGAGACAGCGAGAUCAGCGCCACUCAACAAGGCUACGAGAAAUGGCGAUCAACACGACGGCUGAAGCACAAGGCCGUGGAUGCGAGGCUCGUCGCGACGGGAGCUACAUCAUCCAACUCCAUCGGCUGUGGUGCGCCAUCGCAAUGCGGCUCAUCAGGAUAAAAAAAAAAACGCUCGGACUCGGCGAGCCUCCGUGCUACCCCUGAUCUGGCAAGUUGACGCGUGCGCUCCUUAGAUCUGCACGGGAUAGGGUCGGCAGUCGGCCGAGUUGACGUCGAAGGCUUGCAUGCAGAGAGUGGGCCGGACUUGGCCGAGAACAGGACCCCUACGACGCUACGUGCAUAUUAAGGCCGGCCCAAUGAGAAGACCGCGAUAAGUGUUAAAGUCGGCAGCCAAUAGCAGGGCCCUGUACUUUUUGAGCAUCUAGGAUACCCCAUCGAGGUGCAGAUCCAUAUGCUUG